AUGGGACCUAUAACGACGCCUCCAACCGCAGUCUGGCAUACUCGUGGCAUAGACUACAAGACGGACCAGUUGACAGAAACUCUUUCCUGGCGCUGCCCGCGUGCAAGAUACUCUGGUCACUUUUGGCAAGAGAUAGCGGUGCUGCGAUAUGCUCGUCUUUGUGCGCCUCGGUCAUACCAACAUAUCCCGCUCUUCCCUGAUCACAAUGACGCUGAAGACCAACGAGCUGCAUACAAGGUAUAUAAAGGCCCUGCGGCAACAUCUGCGGUCGCAAGCUGUGGGCGGUGCAAGACGAUUCUUGAAGAACGUGCAAGACGGCGGGCGAAGGCGCCCUCGGAGCGUGGUGGUCUGUAUCGUUACUGGUAG